GGCUUUAUGUGUGACAGAGUUUUCAGUGAUGACACGGCAGUUACUGAGAACUGUUCAUUAUUCAAUUUAAAAGGUGCUGGUAAUGGGUUGCGGUAGUUCAGCCAAUACUGUAGUUAAUAGUAGUCAACCUAGUAUAAAUAGUAAUAUACAGAAACCAAAGAACCAACAAGAAAACAAGACUAUAUUACAUAUAGCUAAUAAGAAAUCGCCUUCUACUUCAGCUCAUUCUGCUAGUUCUGAUAGCAGCAAUAUUAGCCCAUGUAUUCUUGGAGGCAAAUCCACAUCAAUUAGUUUCAGUAGCAUUGUAAAUCCUCCAAGUACUGUAAGCCCAAUCAUAGCAGGAGACAUUUCCACUGGUUCUGCAAGUGGUGUUGCCAUGGCAAGUACGAGUAAAGGUUCUAUCCAGAAGAGUACAGUAACCAUGGUUACAGAGACAAAUGAAGAUCAGAAAAGAUUUAACAUUGCAUUGAAGUCAAUGUGUCGACUGGUGAAAACAGAUGAACUGUAUUCGUAUGCUACACAGAAUGUCAUAUCAUUACGAUUGGACAGAAUACCACCUAACGCAGACUUCUCAUUGGCUACGCUAUAUUCAAAGCUUACCAAUAUCACAGAAUUAGAUAUCUCUGGUAAUAGAUUGGGGCCGCAAGGUGUACGUACCGCUGUCUUAGCUAUGAUAUAUAACGACAGGAUUACUACAUUUAAUAUAUCCAACAACCAAGCUGAUACAGACAGUGCAGAAUGUAUUGGAAAACUGAUUGCACUGAACACUACCUUAACAUGGUUAGAUGUGUCAAGUAACUCCUUGGGUAAGGACUUCUUCUCACGCAGUGUGGGUCCAGCGUUACAAACAAAUACUUCUCUUAAAUGUCUCAAGUUUGCAAGUUGUGGUGCUACUGAUCUCAAAGUCUUCUUUGAAUGUUUACAAAAAAAUAAAACAUUAGACAUAUUAGAUAUGAGUUAUAACUAUAUGACUAAUGGGGAAUUGACGGCACAGAUGAUAGCUGAUAUACUGAAGAACCAAGAAUGCAAACUUACCUCACUUGAAAUGAAAUCUACUGGCAUUGAUGUGAAAGGGAUGAAGUUCCUGGUGGAGGGGUUACUUAGCAACAAAUCCUUAGAAAUAUUUUGUGUUGGUGGUAAUAAGAUGUCCACUACAGGUGACAUGGCUGGAUUGGUGAUUGCUGCCAUACAGCAUCCUGGUUUAGUGACAUUCAAUAUGGAUGAUAGCAGAGUAUUAGACAAAAACGACAUUAAUAUCAGUGAGUAUACAGAGAGUAAUGGUGCCAGUGGUAGGAAGGAGGGGCAGAGGGUGGGAUAUUAUAGAUUAAUAGAUAGAUAG